AUGGGACCGACAGAAAAUGGAGACGAACGAAGUGGACAAGGAAAACCACCAGGUAGUAGUAAUAAUAACAUACUUUUUGAUCAAUCAAAAAAUGAACAAAUAUCAUUAACAAAUGGUUUUAAAAAAUUACAAGUGCAUCUUAAAAAUUGGAAAUUAUCAAAUCAUCGUGAAGAAAUAACUGCCGAACGAUUAACACCAUUUCGUGUAUUUAUUAUUGCUAAUCCAAGAGAAAAAUUUACACCAGGAGAAUAUGAAUCAAUGAAACGAUAUAUUGAUAAUGGUGGAAGUAUUUUAUUAACAUUAAAUGAAGGUGGUGAAGGACGACAAAUGACAAAUAUUAAUACAUUUCUUAAAAAUUAUGGUAUUGAAGUUAAUGAUGAUAGUGUUAUUCGAGCAGCAUAUUAUAAAUAUUUCUAUCCUAAAGAAGCACUUAUUCUUGAUGGUGUUCUUAAUCGUGCUGUAGCUGAAAAUGCUCAUUUAAUUGCAUCAAAUGCACCAACACCUAAAAAUAAAAAAAGUCAAAAUGCUGUUGUUGUUGAUAAAUCAUUACGUGCUCAAGUUGCACGAUCACUUGAAUUUGUUUAUCCAUUUGGUGCAUCACUUAAUGUUCAACCACCAUCUGUACCUGUACUUUCAACUGGUACAACAUGUUUACCAUGUCAAAAAGCAAUAUGUGCUUUUUAUACUUCACCAUCAAAAGUAUGA